UCAGUAAGGAGGGGUGUUACUGGGUGUGUGUAGAGGUGUGUGACAUGGGGAGAAACACACGAAGGGGUGAGAACCGAGUGGAGAUUGGCGAUGGCGUGUCCGGGGGAACUGGGAGCGGAUGCGUGGCUUACUACCGUUCACGCGAGCACUGCGUGUGUACGCCAGGUGGUGGCGAAGCUGCGAUCGGCUGUUGUGGAAAGGAUGGUGCCGUCAAUCUCGUGGAUCCAAAAUGUGAGGGAGUGCUUAAUGGAGGUCACAUGGGGGCUGGAGGAGGGGCCGCCCCUCUACCUGGAUGCGACAACAAGAUGCCCACGUUUGGAGGACUUGAUGCGGCGCUACUACGAGGAGCUUGAGGAGGGGCAAGCUCUUUGUUCUAUGCUGGAGGAUCGCGGCUAUGACAACGACGAUCUCGCCCAUAUCGCAGCUAAUCACAAUAUCAACGACAACAAUGACAGCAACAAUGAGAGUAACAACAACAACGACGAUAACAAAGAUUCAGGAGAGUGUAACAGCGUCAUCGAUUCCCUCGAAGACGGCGACGACGUUCUUAUCGAGGUGUUUAGCAGCAACGGCGACAAUAACGAGAACAGCAGCAACGACGACAAUAACAACAACAACAACAUUGACGACAACAACAACAACAACAACAACAGCAUCAACAAUAGCGCCGACAACUGUGAUUUCCGUGAAGUCAACGAUGUCAUAUCAAUCCAAAUCAUUCAGAUCGUCGCUGGGAAUGGUCGAGGGGUGCAGCGGGCUCCUCCCGCGAGUAGCGGGAAGCUUUCUGGGAAGGGGACUGUUCUGUGCAUCGUCAUGAGAAUCCGGCGCUGUCUGUGCGGGUGAGAUAGUACUGCGCGAUGGGACCCGGGUGGGAGGGUGGUACGGUGUUACAGGGGCCUUGGGGAGGCCCAUCAUUUACCCUCCCGUGCUAUCUGGAGGGCGAAUUGGUAUACGUGGAAUCCCGCCCACCUGACUGUCAGCCUCCUUCUCUGAUUUUCGCUACGACUGUCUUUCUAAAUUCUCUGGCUUCUUAUUUUGAACACCCCUCCUGUGAUUCUGAUCGAUGGGUGUGAUUUUGAUCGAUGCUCUAAACGG